AUGCCAGGACAGGGAGAUAUGGUAUCGAUCAAGAAGGAGGAAUCUGCGAGCGUUAUAGCAAAUGGAGCAGGGUCUGUAAAUGUGCAGUCGAGUUCGAACUCCAAUGGAGCUGCAGAGGACUCAACGGCAGAGAACAGCGAGAGCUACCAUGAAAGCAACGACGUCCCAGAUGGCAAUGGGAGCGCCCACGGCAAUGGGAAUGGUUAUGUGAACGGGCACGCGAAUGGAAGCGGCAGCGACAGUGCGCGUGUAUCCAGCAUUGGAUCCGGACAAGUGCUUCCAGAACAGCCCGACUUGAAGAUCAUCCGCCGUGAGAUCAACGGAUUUGUCGGUUUUGCCAACUUGCCGAAGCAAUGGCACAGAAAGUCUAUUCGCAGGGGUUUCAGCUUGAAUCUGCUUUGUGUCAGUCAAAGGGGUCUCGGCAAAAGUACAUUGAUAAACACGCUGUUCAACAGGAACCUGGACGACGGCAGCAAAAACAAGGUGGAGCAGAAAUUGGAAGGGCUGAAAAUUGAAGGUAGCUCUGAAACGGAAGCUAGCAGGGAUGACGAAGAGGCGCAAACAGCUCAGGAAUCGGAAAAUGUCCGCUCUUCUGUCAAGAUCAAAACUCUCUCAACAACAAUCGAAGAAAAUGGCGUUUCGUUGAAACUGUCUGUCGUGGAUACUCCAGGAUUCGGUGAUGCGAUUGAUAAUUCCGACUCGUGGAGACCUAUCGUUGAUGAGGUAAACUACAGAUUCGAUCAGUAUUUGGACGCAGAAAACAAAAUCAAUAGAUCUUCGGAGGACGAUAACAGAAUUCAUGCAUGCUUGUAUUUUAUUGAACCAACAGCACAUUAUUUGAAACCUUUAGACUUGGGAUUCUGCAAACAGAUUCAUGAAAAGUGUAAUUUGAUUCCUGUUAUUGCUAAGUCAGAUAUUUUAACGGAGGAAGAGAUUGCAGUUUUCAAGAGACGAAUUAGGAAACAAUUGGAAGAUGAAAACGUCGUUCUGUUCGAACCACCACAAUAUGCGUUGGAUGACCAAGAAACGAUCCAUGCUUCAAAAUCGCUAUAUGAAAAGAUUCCAUUUGCUGUUGUAGGUUCAACCGAUAAAGUUGAAAAUUCUAAAGGUAGUUUAGUUCGCGGGCGUUCGUAUCCAUGGGGUAUCAUAGAAGUCGAUAAUGCGAGUCAUUGUGAUUUUGUCUAUUUGCGCGAUCUAUUGAUAAGUCAAUACUUGGAAGAAUUACGUGAGAGAACAAAUAGCGUUCUUUAUGAAAAGUAUAGGUCUGAAAAAUUAACAAAGUUGGGAAUCAAGCAGGACAACGCAGUCUUCAAAGAAUUUGACCCAGAAACAAAACAAAAGGAGGAGAAACAAUUACAUGAAGCUAAAUUAGCUAAACUUGAAGCCGAAAUGAAGAGUGUUUUCCACCAGAAAGUUUCUGAAAAGGAGAAAAAAUUACAAAAAUCCGAAGCUGAAUUGUUUGCCAGACAUAAAGAAAUGAAGGAAAAGUUAAAUAAACAAUUGAAGGCUCUUGAGGAAAAGAAGCAUCAAUUGGAGCAUUCGUUAAAUACCCCGAUACCUCAAUCUCCAGCGCAGCCAAAGAAAAAAGGGUUCCUGCGCUGA